ACUCGAGGAAGUAGUUCAUGCUUCAUAGCAAGUAACUGGUAAGCAAAAACAAAAUUAAAAAAAAAAAAAAUGUCACAACAAUUCUGGAAACCAGGCAGCGAGAAACCCCGCAUUCUCGAAGACGAAGAAGGCGGUGUCGUUUUCUUCGGCCCCCCUCUCUCUUCCGCUGCCUCCUCUUCCUCCAGGUUUGGAUAUGCAAGUAUUGGGAGUCAAAGGCAGAGAUUGCCUGUUUACAAGUACAGGACAGCAAUUCUGUACCUCGUAGAGACUCACGCCACCACUAUUAUCGUCGGCGAGACCGGUAGUGGAAAAACCACGCAAAUCCCUCAGUAUCUUAAAGAGGCUGGCUGGGCUGAUGGUGGACGUGUUAUAGCUUGCACCCAGCCGAGACGACUCGCAGUCCAGACGGUUGCUUCAAGGGUGGCUGAAGAGAUGGAUGUCAAGCUUGGAGAGGAAGUUGGUUACACAAUUCGAUUUGAGGAUGUUACCAAUCCUGCUGCAACUAUGAUAAAGUUUCUAACAGAUGGGGUAUUAUUGAGAGAAAUUAUGAACGAUCCACUUUUGACCAAGUAUAGUGUCAUCAUGGUAGAUGAGGCUCAUGAAAGGUCUAUUUCAACUGAUAUUCUACUAGGUCUCCUGAAAAAGAUCCAGCGACGUCGACCUGAACUACGCCUGAUUAUCUCAUCUGCUACAAUUGAGGCAAAAUCUAUGUCAGAUUUCUUCCAGACUAGCAAAAAGCAUCGAGGACCGGAAGACCAUGAGUUUGUUCCAAGGAAGGUUCCUGCAAUUUUAUCUGUUGAGGGCAGAGGGUUUAAUGUACACAUACAUUAUGUUGUGGAGCCUGUCUCAGACUAUGUUCAGGCUACUGUUUCAACUGUAUUGUCAAUUCACGAGCAGGAACCUGCAGGUGACAUUCUUGUAUUUCUCACUGGUCAAGAUGAUAUUGAUACUGCUAUUCGGCUGCUUACUGAAGAAGCUCAUGCCAGCAGAAAGAUCUCUUCAGGAUUGAUUGUUUUGCCUUUGUACUCCAGUCUCCCACGUGCAGACCAGGAUCUGGUGUUUUCCCCAACUCCUAGAGGGAAGAGGAAAGUGGUGAUAUCAACCAAUAUAGCAGAGACAUCAUUGACACUGGAGGGCGUUGUCUAUGUUGUUGACAGUGGAUUCUCAAAACAGCAGUUCUACAAUCCGAUCUCAGAUAUUGAAAAUCUAGUGGUGGCCCCCAUAUCAAAGGCAUCUGCUAGACAAAGAGCUGGUAGAGCUGGAAGAGUUCGACCUGGGAAGUGUUACAGGUUAUACACGGAAGAGUACUUUGUCAAUGAAAUGUCUUCUGUUGGGAUCCCGGAGAUGCAAAGGUCAAAACUUGUUUCCUGUGUGAUUCAGUUAAAAGCCUUGGGAAUAGACAAUAUACUAGGCUUUGAUUGGCCAGCAUCUCCACCACCUGAAGCAAUGAUUCGAGCACUUGAAGUUCUUUAUUCACUAGGUGUCCUUGAUGAUGAUGCUAAGCUUACUUCACCUGUUGGGUUUCAAGCAGCAGAGAUUCCAUUAGAUCCAAUGAUAUCAAAAAUGAUACUAUCUUCAAACCAGCUAGGAUGUUCUGAUGAGAUCAUCACAAUCGCAGCUAUUCUCUCCAUCCAGUCUAUUUGGGUUUCUGGUAGGGGGGUGCAAAAGGAAUUAGAUGAAGCCAAGUUGAGAUUUGCAGCUGCUGAGGGUGACCAUGUUACAUUCCUAAAUGUUUAUAAAGGUUUUCUUCAAUCUGGUAAAUCAUCACAAUGGUGUCAUAAGAAUUAUAUGAAUUACCAAGCUAUGAAGAAGGUAAUUGAAAUUAGGGAACAGCUCAGAAGAACAGCGCUGAGAUUAGGCAUAGUCUUAAAAUCUUGUGAAGGGGACAUGCUGGCCGUACGGAAAGCAGUUACUGCUGGAUUUUUUGCAAAUGCAAGUCGUUUAGAAGCAUUCAGUCAUAACGGGAUGUACAAGACUGUUAGAGGUUCUCAAGAAGUUUAUAUUCAUCCUUCGUCUGUGUUGUUCAGAGUUAAUCCAAAAUGGGUUAUAUACCACUCUCUUGUCUCAACAGACCGGCAAUACAUGAGGAAUGUCAUGACUGUUGAUCCUUCUUGGCUAACAGAGGCUGCUCCACAUUUUUUCCAGCAUCAACGAACACCGGAUUCCAUUGUUCACUAACCACCUUCGCAAUUGUUUCUCUAAUGGAUGUAAAGAGGAUACAACUCAAUUUUGUCGUGAUUAUUUAAUUUCUUGAACAGUUAUCUACGAUAUAGAUUCUAUAUCAUUUUUCUUAUUUCAUUAAAGAAAUUUGUUCUGUUUAA